AUUCGUCAAUAUUUGAGAAUUGAAAAUGGCUUACUUUGUCUUCAGCUGGAAAAAGAGAGAUUAUAUCAUGACAGUUCUGUCACUGAUAAUGCUGGUACUUACGGUCAAGCACCAAGAGUUCUUCUUAUGUAGGGAGGUGUCCCUUAAUAGAAUUGAAAGGUUUGCUUUGUGGCUUGGUGUGUUAGAGGAACCCAAACCUUGUCCUGGAAUAGAAGAUCUGCACACCAUGGUGAUGGAGAUGGGAGUUUCGACUCUUGCUGUAUUAGCCUCCACUGCAGCGCCAAAGCUGUUGAAUUGGACCAAAUCUGUGAUUUGUCAUGCAGUACAAGCAAUGAAGGACAGCAUCCGGUAUAUAAAGGAUCGCAUAUUUCCUCGAAAAUUUGAACUCAAUGCAACCCCGCAGAAAUCAGAGUCCAAGCUACCUCGGGAGAAAUUUAUACAGGAAUCUGCACCCAAAGCCCUUGAAGAGGACCGUCCUAAAUACAAGUAUUAUUUCUUCCGCAAAGCAUACGAGAUGAAGAGAAUUAUAUUGUUCAUAAAGAAGGGAGAGCGAUGCGAGGAAGUGUUUGCCUAUAGUCCCAAGACCAAGAAAUUCGUACUCAAGUCCUUCUACCCAAAGCAGCCUCGUUAUUGAGAUUGGUGUAAAACGAUACCAAGAAUAUGAGCAUCCAUGUCCCUUUAAAGAGUUUUAUGUACACAACCCCAAAAUUAUUUCCUGAGUUUUUAGCCUCUUUUUCUGCAAAAAUAAUUUAAAUUCUACUUUAAAUAGCUUGCAAUUUAAUAUUUAGCAUGACAACUGUAUCUUUAAGUUCAAUGAAUGAACAUUUUAAUUCCAGAAAAGAGGUAUGGCGGUUUUCGAGCAAAGCUUUCUUUAACUAAGCACUUAUGUAUAACAGUAAUGAAACCUAUGCAGAACCAUUAUUGAUGAAAUGAAAAAAAAAAACGCUGAUCAUUAAACAGGGAUUUAGGAUUUUUCUGUUUUAUUUUAACCAAUGGGCGAACGUUAAAACGUUUCAUUGUGUCAUGCUUUAAUCUCAUAAGCAAUAGUUAUAUUUGAAAGCUUAUAGUUCUAUGGGGUUAUUGCC